AUGGAUCGGCUCUUAUCUACUCUAACAGUUACUACAAUUGGUCUCACCUGUAAAGCAGUCUUGAACCUUGGAUUUGCCUCCGUCACCGUCCGAGGUCUCUCGAAUUUCCUGCAGAUUUUGGAUGACGCAGGACGCGUAGAAGAUGGCAGAGGAGUGAUUACAGCCUCCAAUCAUAUAUCUACCCUAGACGAUCCACUUGCAUGGGGUGUUCUCCCGACUCGCGCAUACCUCAACUCGCGAACGAUUCGCUGGUCUUUGGGGGCACACGACAUCAUGUUCACCAACCCAAUAUUUUCUGCCUUCUUCCGCAAGGGCCAAGUGCUGGAGACGUUUCGGGGCAGCGGUAUAUAUCAGCCCGCCGUCGAUACUGCCAUAAAAAAGCUCGACCAGGGGCAUUGGGUCCACCUCUUCGGCGAGGGUGGUGUGAAUCAGCCUGACACGUAUGCGGUGGAAGACGGGAAGGCCAGGCUGCGCAGGUUCAAAUGGGGCGUUGGCCGGAUCAUGAUGGAAGCGCGCAAGGCCCCCAUAGUCGUGCCCAUCUGGUUGACUGGUUUCGACCGUCUCAUGCCGGAGGGCAGGUCCGUCCCUUACAAAUUUAUACCACGACCCGGUCAAGACCUCAGCGUCACGUUCGGACAACCUAUCUCCGCCGAACGUCUGAGCGUUGCACUCCGGGGAAACGAUAUUCCAACAAGGAUGAACGCAGACAGCGAAGCGCUAUAUAGCGGCGCGACAACACAUGGCACUGGAUGGAUGGCUAACUUCGUCACCACGAGGCCGCUCGUCACUCAUCCACCUCAGCUUUCCUCGCAGACGGACUCAGGACAUAUUAGUCAGCCAGACGCAGGCGCUGGCGAUAGGAUGCAGCGAGAGCAAUUGGUCGGUGCAGAGGUGGAUGAGCAACUUGCUCGUGUGAGGGCGGAAGUGACAAGGAUUGUUCAGGAUGCAGUGGAGGAGCUCGGUAGGAAGCUUGUGGGUGACCAGCUAGGGAAAACUCCGCCGCGAAAGCCAAUAUAG